AUGCCUGGUCGAAGUAGUAGACGGAUACGUUUUAGCAGACUUUAUUCGUUUUCAUGUUUUCGAUCGCCAUUUAAUGAUGAACACAACCAAAUUGGGCAGAAGAGUUUUUCGAGGAUUGUAUAUUGUAAUGAACUCGAUAAUCCAGAGCAGCUUCAACUUAGGUAUAGGAGCAAUUAUGUUUCUACAACCAAGUACAAUGCGUUUAAUUUUAUUCCCAAGUCAUUGUUUGAGCAGUUUAGAAGGGUGGCAAAUCUAUAUUUUCUUCUUGUAGCUUGUGUUUCUUUUAGUCCCCUGGCUCCCUACACAGCUACUAGUAUUCUCGCGCCUUUGCUUGUGGUGAUUGGAGCGACAAUGGCCAAGGAAGCAAUCGAAGACUGGAGGCGCAGGAAGCAGGAUAUUGAGGCCAAUAAUAGGAAGGUCGAAGUUUAUGAUGGGGAUCAUAAUUUUCAAGAAACCAGAUGGAAAAAAUUACAAGUUGGGGAUCUUGUGAAGGUAUAUAAGAAUGAAUAUUUUCCUGCUGAUCUACUGCUUCUUUCAUCAAGCUAUGGGGAUGGGAUUUGUUAUGUUGAAACUACGAAUCUAGAUGGAGAGACUAAUCUGAAGGUGAAGCAUGCUUUAGAGGUUACAGCUUCUCUGCAUGCUGAUGAUUCUUUUCAGCAAUUUAAGGCAGUUGUCAAAUGUGAGGACCCAAAUGAAGAUUUGUAUGCAUUCGUUGGAACUCUGAUCCAUGAUGGUCAGCAGCAUCCUCUGUCAGUGCAACAAAUCCUUCUGAGAGAUUCUAAACUGAGGAAUGUUGAUUAUGUCUGUGGUGUGGUUGUUUUUACUGGUCAUGACACAAAAGGUAUGCAGAAUGCUACAGAUCCUCCUUCCAAGAGGAACAAAACGACUGUGUUUUAUGACCGGAAAAGAGAAUCACUGGCUGCAUUUUUUCAUUUCUUGACUGGGCUUAUGUUGUAUGGAUAUUUGAUUCCAAUAUCACUGUAUGUAUCUAUUGAAAUUGUAAAGGUUUUACAGAGUAUUUUUAUUAAUCAAGACCAGGAUAUGUAUUAUGAGGAUACAGAUAAGCCAGCACGUGCAAGGACUUCCAAUUUGAAUGAGGAACUUGGUCAAGUUCAUACAAUCCUUUCCGAUAAAACGGGGACUCUGACAUGCAAUUCCAUGGAGUUUGUUAAAUGUACGAUAGCCGGCAUAGCUUAUGGUCGUGGCAUGACAGAAGUAGAGAGGGCACUAGCAAAGAGAAAAGGGAAGGCAGUACCUGACUCUGGAAACUCUUCCUCUAAUGUACAAGAAUCUAGUGAUGGCCACACGGACUUGGGAAAAUCAAUCAGAGGUUUCAACUUCAAAGAUGAACGCAUUAUGAAUGGUCAUUGGGUUAAUGAACCUCAUGCUAAUGUGAUACAGAAGUUCUUUAGAGCGUUAGCACUCUGCCAUACAGCCAUUCCGGAUGCCAAUCAAGAAUCUGGUGAAAUUUCCUAUGAAGCUGAAUCACCAGAUGAAGCUUCCUUCGUCAUAGCUGCAAAGGAACUUGGCUUUGAGUUCGUUAAAAGAACCCAAACUGACAUCUCUUUGCAUGAAUUUGAUCAUCAGAGUGGAAGAAAGAUUGACAGAUCAUAUAAGCUUCUUUAUGUCUUAGAGUUCAGCAGUGCUCGGAAAAGAAUGUCUGUAAUGGUAAAGAAUGCAGAAAACCAGUUGCUGCUCCUAUGCAAGGGUGCAGACAGUGUGAUGUUUGAACGGCUCUCAAGAAAUGGACGAGAUUUUGAAGCUACAACAAGGGAUCAUAUUAAACAAUAUGCUGAAGCAGGUUUACGAACUUUAGUUAUUUCUUAUCGUGAGCUCAAUGAAGAAGAAUUUAGGUCAUGGGAGGAGGAGUUUCUGAAGGCCCAGACUUCUCUAAAUGCGGAUCGAGAUGCAAUGGUUGAUGCGGUUGCUGAUAAGAUUGAAAGGAACUUAAUUCUACUAGGUGCUACGGCAGUUGAAGACAAACUACAGAAAGGGGUUCCUGAAUGCAUUGACAAGCUUGCAAAUGCUGGAAUUAAGAUUUGGGUCGUAACUGGUGACAAGAUGGAGACAGCAAUAAAUAUUGGGUAUGCUUGUAGCUUACUUAGAGACGACAUGAAGCAAAUUGUGGUUACCUUAGACUCUCCAGAAAUAAAUGACCUAGAAAAACAAGGAGACAAGGAGGCUAUUGCAAAGGCUUCGAGUGCAAGCAUAUCAAAGCAAAUAAUAGAAGGAAAUUCACAGCUCUGUUUAUCUAGAGGAAGUUCUACUUCCUUUGGUUUGAUAAUUGAUGGCAAGUCAUUAUCGUUUGCUUUCAACAAGAAUUUGAAGGAUUCAUUUUUGGGUCUUGCGAUAAAUUGUUCAUCUGUUAUAUGCUGUCGCUCCACACCUAAACAGAAAGCUCUUGUUACUAGAUUGGUAAAAAAGGGUACGGGCAAGACAACACUAGCAAUUGGUGAUGGGGCUAAUGAUGUAGGCAUGCUUCAAGAGGCUGAUAUUGGAGUUGGCAUCAGUGGUGUCGAAGGCAUGCAGGCUGUGAUGUCAAGUGAUUUCUCCAUAUCUCGGUUCCGGUUUCUUGAGCGUCUCUUGUUGGUCCAUGGCCAUUGGUGUUACAGACGAAUUUCUAUGACGAUAUGCUACUUUUUUUACAAGAACAUUGCAUUUGGGUUCACUUUAUAUUGGUUUGAGGCUCGUGCUUCAUUCUCUGGCCAACCUGCUUAUAAUGAUUGGUACAUGUCAUUCUACAACGUGCUCUUCACUUCACUUCCCGCUAUUGCUCUUGGUGUUUUUGAUCAGGACGUAUCUGCACAACUCUGUCUUAAGUAUCCCGUGUUAUAUAAUGAGGGAGUGCAGAACAUUCUCUUCAGUUGGCCGCGCAUUCUUGGCUGGAUGUUGAACGGUGUUAUUAGUUCCGUGAUCAUCUUUUUCUUUACAACAAAUGCUGUUGUGAAUCAGGCCUUCCGGAGAGAUGGUCAUGUCGUCGAUUAUGAAGUGCUCGGGGUCAUGAUGUAUACUUGUGUCGUGUGGACAGUAAACUGUCAAAUGGCGAUAUCUAUUAACUACUUCACUUGGAUCCAGCACUUCUUCAUCUGGGGAAGCAUUGCUUUCUGGUACGCAUUUCUAGUGGUGUACGGCGCUGUGUCUCCUAUAAUUUCUACAACAGCAUACCAAGUUCUUGUGGAAGCUUGCGCCCUGAGUCCUUUUUACUUGCUGGUUACACUCCUCGUCGUGGUUUCCUCUUUAUUACCAUAUCUUUCGUACAGGAUUUUCCAAAUUCAGUUUUGA